AAUGAUGACGUGGUAAAAACUGCGACAAAAAUUGUUAGCACGUUGGCUUGGGAACGAACUAACACUUUUGUUUACCUAGCUAGCUAGAGUUGCUUGCAAGUUGUGAUUUGUUGGCUAAAACGAUGAUAGAUCCUGCUUUAGUUUCUUUGGGUGCUCAGAUUGUCUUGGCUGCGUCCAGUGAUGAGAAUCAUCCUCCAGAAAACAUUAUUGACGGGAACACUGCAACAUUUUGGAUGUCCACUGGAAUGUUUCCACAGGAGUUCAUAAUCCGCUUCGCUGAAUCUAUGAAAAUUGCCCUAGUGACAAUGCACUGUUAUAAUGGUAUGAAACAAGUUAAGACUCUUAAAAUUGAGAAGAGCAUCUCAGAUGAUGCUACUGACUUUGAAGCUAUUUCAGAAAAAGAAUUUGAACACACAGAGGGGCAUCUUCAAACAAAUGAUAUUCCACUAAAUGGAACGACUGCAACACACUUGCGCUUCAUCGUUACCUCUGGAUAUGACCACUUUGUCUCGGUACACAGGGUCAGUGUAGAGUGAUGAAAUAUAUAGUACCUUCUCAUAAUGUUCAGCUCUACUUAUUAAGGAGUUUGUCUGAAUAUCUAAUAUGUUUUACAUUGCAUCAUUUUUGUUGUUGUUGUUUAUACCUUUUUUUGUAAAGAAACAGGAUUUAAUUUUAAGGCACAAUUCAUAUUUUGUUUCAUUCUACCUGUUCACCAAAUCCAAAUUGCAAUACAAUCUUUUCAAUAAAUCUGACUACUGCUGUAA